AUGGCUAUUGACGUUUGCUGUUCGGAGGCUCCUGGUUCAAGAAUCAGUCCAAGAAACUCAUUCUCCUACGAUCUUGACUCAACGGAGGAUGAAGUGAGAUUAGACUCGACACUUCUUGAUUCAGGUUCGGAGUUUGAUUUCUGCUUUGGCUCGAGUUGUUCUGUUCAAGAAGUGUCUCCAGCUGAUGAACUCUUCUCCGAUGGCAAGAUACUUCCGGUACAGAUCAAGAAGGUAACAUUUAGGGUUCAAAGAUCAGCUUCUCUCUCAUCAUCAUCAUCAUCUUCCUCCUCUUCCUCUUCUUCCUCAUCGUUUUGUAACCAGAGAGCACCAGAAAAGAAGAUUAUGAGACUCAAAGAGCUUCUGUUACAUCCUGAGUCUGAUCUCGAAGACAAGCCAAGAGGAUUGUUCUUGCAGUUCAAGAGAAGCAUAAGUCUCAACUAUGACAAAAGCCGAAACAGUAAAGGGCUAAUCAGAUCGCUUCAUUUCCUCUCAAGAAGCAACUCCACAGGCUCUGCUCCAAACCCUAAACAUAACUUGCUUCCCAAGGAAACUCAUCAAUCUCAAAAGACACACAAUCUUCCUAAACAAACAUCUCAUUUGAGAAGAUCCUCUUCGCUCUCUGCUUCAUUCCCUUAUCACUCAACGAAGAAACCACUCGCCAGAAACAGUUUCGGAAACGGACACGGUGGAAUUCGAGUUAGUCCGGUCCUGAAUUUCCCACCGCCGGCGUUUAUCUCCAACGUCGUCACCGGUGGAUUUUUCAGCAUUGGAUCACUCUGUAAUGGUAAGACCAACAGGAAGACAAGAUUAUGA